CAAACCGAACAUUUCAAGUCCGUAUGUUGCAUGAAGCACAAAGAAUGUUGUAAAAUGUUUGAUUCAGAAUAUCUACUAAAAUUCAGAGAAAGCGAGAGGAAAACUGCUCGUAUAUGUACUACGAAAAAUGCUGACUGCUUAAGAAAACUUACGAACAGCACCCAGACACAGGAGGGAAAUUCUCUGUAUGAUGUCUGUUGAAGUCAUUUCUUCAAAAGAGCAUGUCUCAGGUUGCCCUAUGAUCUCUUUAUUACGGGGUAGUUGAUGUUUUAAUCAUUGUCUCUAGGGAGGUUAACACCAUCGAAUAGAUAAAACACCUUGUAUAAAACGACAAGUAGAAUACCGCGCGCAAUCGUUCACCUCAAUGACGCUGUAGACAGUACCAUUAUGCCAGUAGAACAAUAUUACUGAUUGACUUCUCUCUCCCCUAUGGAUGCUAUUUCUUUCGCUCUCAGGUUAGGUCGGUUGCUAAUUCUGACACAUAAACGAGGGGAUUCUAGGUUCACUUCCGAUGAACCAUUUCGAUAAAAACGCUGAAAGGAUCAUUUGCAUAGAUCGCGUAAUGGAGAGUGUAUCCACGAUACAUCAGGCAUUCGAUACAGUAACACGGUACGCUAUUGUUUAUCAUAUUGAUUUGUUUAUCCUUGCUUGAACCUCUUCAACAACCUAAUCGAUGCGUGAAGCGUAAUAGUAAAAACACGACUGCGCGGACAUUAUAAAUAUCCGUGUAGUAGGGAAAGAUCAGUGCCUCAAUCGAACUCACGGAAUGGAGUGUGACGACUAUGAAGAUUUUGAGAAUUGCAUGACCUACGACGGUCCCAAGCCAAUUAUCAGGCGGCGAGUAGAGUGGACGCCAGAUGCACUGUUACGGCUCCUCGCUGAUGCCAUCACGUAUAAAUCCCCUCUAGAAGACAUCACACUGAUCGUCCGAUGCGGAGCGGAUGUCAACGGACGCGUUAAGAAAGGAUUGCGACCCCUUCAUUACGCCUCUUUUGUGAACUACAUAGAGUGUGUCAAACUACUAAUAGAAAAUGGCGCUGACGUCAAUUUGACAGAUGAUAUUGGGUACACGCCGAUGCAUAUUUGCACGAGAAAAGGAUUUCAUGGCGUAUUAAACGUUUUAAUAAAAAAUGGAGCAAAUUUGAAUUUUUGCAACGUUGAUCAUGAAGAGAAGGAAAAUUCCAGUUUUAGGACUAUGGAUCCACUAAAUAUGGCGAUCGAAAAUAACCACAUCGAAUGCACAAGGCUGUUGUUAGAAAACGGUGCAAGUCCGAAUCAUAAAUAUUUCAUGGGAUAUGAAAUCAGUCUAGUACCACUUGAUAAUUUAGAAUGCAUGGAACUGUUGCUUAGUCAUGGAGCGGAUCCAAACGUUUACAACAGAUGUGGCGUGACGCCUUUGAUGAGAGCCUGCAAGGAACAAAAGUUAUCAACUGUUAAAUUGUUGUUGCAGUAUAACGCGGAUGUAAACGCCACAUGUCCUGCAAGAUUUGAACAACGAAGACCAAUUCACUACGCCGUGCAGGCAGGAAAUGCCGAUAUUACAGAGUGUUUGCUCAAGAAUGGUGCCUUUCUGAACCGUCCGAACAACUACAAGUACAACCCUCUUCACGAAGCUAUACUAAGAGACAACUUACCACUGUGUGAACUUAUACUACAAUAUCGGGCUGAAGUUGAGGAAAGGACUGAAAACGGAGCCACGCCGUUAAUGCUUGCUUGUGCUUCAGUCGGUCUGAAACACCGAAGAGAAAUCGUAGAGUUGCUGCUCAACAACAACGCCAAUGUCAAUGCAUUUUCAGAACACACGAGUUACAUAGACCCCUACCAUCCUCCUUUGAUAGAAUAUUUGAAAAACAAUGGAUGCGAUAUUCAUUUUGACGUGAUAUCUCUGCUCAUUAAAUUUGGCGCCAAAGUCAGUUUUCGUGGCUACCUAGGGGUAGUGCGUUCCAAGGACCCAUUUGGAAUCCUCCAUUAUAUGCACAAUGUGUUUGGAAAGAAGGAAGUUUGUCAUCUAUUGUUUGUCGCGGCUUGUUUGUACGAUAACGACAGCAUUAAACACGUAAAUACGUUAAAUGUGGAGGCCAAAAAGCAUCUGAUGUCGUAUGGAUGUCAGCCCAGAGAACUGAAACACCUGUGUAGGUUGUACAUACGGGACCGAAUCUGUACCGGACUUCCAGAGAAAGUAAAAAACCUCCCCCUCCCUAGUCUUGUCAAAUCCUACCUCCUAUUUGAUUUAUGAUGAAUAGAAUACGGUUACUAAGGUUGCAGAAUUGUUACGAUUUUCAUAGUUUAUUUCUUGAAGUAGAAUAUUUCACAAUUAAAAACUAGAAUGUA